AUGCAAAUAUUCCUCAAACUACCGGAGGAACUUUUGUCCCUUAUUAUCAAAUACGUCAAUGAUAAGUCAAAAAUUGAACGACUAAUCAAAAUUCCAGCUUUACAACAAUAUGCUAUAAAAGAAAGGUAUUCCCAAUUCAAACUAAAUACUAGCUAUGAAAUAAGAGAUGGCUCCAUUGAAAAAUUAAUUGCUUUAUUCAAAGAAUAUAAUUUUAAACCUUCGAGAAUUCUUGGAAACACAAAUGACAUUUAUAAAUUACUUCGUUUUGGAGAAGAAGAAAGUUCCUAUAUGACGAGACAAACUAGAUCUCAAGCGCAGAACUCGGGUUCAAACAAUAGAUUAAUUGAUUUUAGUCAAGUUGAUUAUGAAAUUUUGUUUUGUCACUAUAGUGAAAUAUCUGAACUUGAAGAAAUCUUUAGAAAUGUUAAUUUAGUGCUGAUAAAGAAUAUAAAGUACCAUACAAUAUCAAGGAAUACUACAUUGGAUCAAAAUAGAGAAAUUUCUACACUUUUGGAUAUAAUCAACACUAGCAAAUUGGAAUCCUUGGAUACCGUCUAUCUGAAUCGCUUCAAGGUUAAGUUUUCAACUUCAUUGAAAGAAUUGAAACUUAAUUUUGGACGUGAAAAAAUUGAACUUAAUUUAAAUGAAUUAGCUAAUCUUGAAUUGUUUCAUUGCUAUAAUCUUAAUGGAGUUGACUCGUUGGAUGAUAUACAAUUACCCAAAUUUAUCAAAAACUUGGAGCUUCAUUCAUGUGCACAAGUUUUGGGGGAUAUAGAACAAUAUUCCAAGUUAAGAUAUUUAACAGUAGACUGUUGUGAUGCACUUUUUCAACUCAUGAAUUGUUUUUUCCCCGUUACAUUGGAAGAAAUUAGAAUUAUAAAUAAUAUAUCGAAAGCAAAGGUUGCUGAAUUAUUUAGAGCUGUGAGUGAAGGGACAAAUACUCAGUUUGAAAAGUCAGAUUUUUCAGUUGACGGUAGAUGGUUUUUGAUUGGUCCCAGCUUUGAAGGACUUCCAAAGUUAAAAUUGUUGUCCAUUCAAGAUGCUCGUGAAGCGAUUGAAGUUCGAGUUUCAACAUUUAUAGCUCUUAAUAGUUUGAGUUUGGUGAAGGUAAACAAUAUUGAUUUGAAUCAAGUUUUAUCAUCUUUGUCUGGAACUAUGUUUAAAAUUGAAAUUAAGCAAUGCAAAAUAUCAGGUGUCGAAAGUGCCGUGGUUUUCCCUGAGCUGAAGCACAUUAUAUUCUUAAACAACAACCUUAGUACAAUUUUCAAAUCAAACUUAAAUAAUUUAAAGAAAUUGGUGAAUUUACAAUUGAGAAGUAACAGAUUACAGAAUCUUACUGAGAUACAUGAGCUUGAUCCGUGUGAAAUUUUGAAUUUUAAUGAUGAAGACUUUAAUGCAUCAACUGGUGAAUCCAAGAAAAAGGUUGGAAAGAGAAGCAAGACGAUAAUUAAAGAUAGUUUGACAUUUAAUGCACCCAAAUUAGAGGUAUUGUAUUUGCUGAAAAAGGAUAUGUUCAUGUGGGGUAGAAGAACAAAUAGAAAUUCAGGAAAACUUCAGCUGCUUCCAUCUCAGUUGUCAUUGAUCGAAUGUACAAAUUUAAGAAAAUUAAAUAUUAUGAAUACAAUUUUAGAUAUAUUAGAUCUCAACAAUCUUCCAAACCUGUUGGUUUACUUAAGCAUCACAAAGAACAAAUUAAAGCUAUUCAAAGGAGAAUUUAAAAAAUUGAACAAAUUAAAAGAGUUGGAUUUAAAGGAAAAUGAAAUUAAUUAUUCAAUGUUAGCAAAUCAAACUUUUCCCCAGAGUUUAAAAUUGUUAGAUUUAUCAGAAAAUAAAAUUGAAGAUUUGACUUGUUUGUAUUUAGAUAAUUGUGUCAAUUUAAGAACCUUAAUGUUAGUUAAAGUUACCGGUCUGGACGAACCAGAAGGUGCCAACAAAUUAAAGAAAUGGUUUCUUAAAAUAAAUGCAAAUGCUAAAACUAACCGUGGAUAUUUGACCAACCGAAAAUCAAAAAUUAUAUUUAAUGUUGUGAAUGGUGUUGAUGUCCGUGAAAGAAGUUCAACUGGUUCAGGAUCAAAAAAAAGAAAAAGAGUCAACGAUCCAGCAUACAGAUGA